ACGCAAUUGUUACAAAGUACAGCAGUCUGGUCGCAUUCGACAAUACUUUUGUCUUCUAAACACUCCCACACGAUUGGAAUCGAACGGCUUCCCAACCUCGAACUUGUUGCUGCUGCUGCUCGAAAUACCAACUAAAGCUAUCUCAAUUCGACCGACGUAAGGCUGCACUAUCCCCUCUGGCAAUCUGCGCAGAUUGUAUUCGCCUGUGGACGAAGCUUCCAACGGCGAAUCCUUGAAAGUUCUGCUUCUUUAAGCCCUCAAUACUCUUAUCUUCCGGCCUGCGCAGUCAAGGACAACAUUCAAAAUGUCGGGCGAGGCAUGGUUAUACCUGCUCGCCGUGCUGAUAAAUGCCGUCAACCUGUUCCUGCAAGUCUUCUUCACCAUCAUGUACAGCGAUCUGGAAUGUGACUAUAUCAACCCUAUCGACCUCUGCAACCGCCUCAACACCUACAUUGUCCCCGAAGCUGCCGUCCACGCUUUCCUGACAUUCCUCUUCAUUGUGAAUGGAUACUGGCUAGCAAUAUUGUUGAAUCUGCCUCUCCUGGCAUGGAAUGCUAAGAAGAUCUUUGAAAACCAGCAUUUGCUGGAUGCCACGGAAAUCUUCAGGAAGCUGAACGUCCACAAGAAGGAAUCAUUCAUCAAACUCGGCUUCCACCUGGUCAUGUUCUUCUUCUAUCUUUACAGCAUGAUCGUUGCGCUCAUUAAGGAUGAGUCGAACUGACUGCGUGGCGAAGUCUCGAACGUAAUGAAACAUGGCAGCUAUUCUUGAAGAGCAUUACGCAUAUUGGGUCUGGGA